AUGUUUGGCUCCUCUGGUGGAGGCUUCUUGCCUGCGCUCGCUGCGCCGGCGACCAGGCAACCGCCCUCUGAAGCAUUCCCCCCUCAGGUCCUUCGCUCCCUCGCCGACAAGAACUACGAGAAGCGAAAGGCCGGGUCUCAGGAAGUUGAGGCGCUUGUUCGCGCCGCGCUGCAGCGCAAAACGGAGCUCGAGUUGCAGUUGCACGCGCAGGUUUGCGAACUGCGGCGCAAUGCGGCACCUCUCCCGGACCUCGCCCCCUGCGAUCCAGGAAGCGGCAGAGACUCGGCAGGGGCGGGUACAGGCCCCGAGCAGCUCGAGGCUUUCGAGGGCGUACAGGCGGCGAGGGAGCGGCAAGCGAAGGAGCGGGAAACUGAGGCAUUCUGGCGAAAACAAAUUGACGCAGAAGAGAUGAAGGUCGUUCAGAUGAUCUCUGUCCUCAACCGUGAAUUUUUGCUCCACGUCUCGCCCAACAGUCGCAAAGGAGGCCUCGUCGCCAUCGCCUCGGUCGCCAUUGCGCUCGAGACCCACGUUGGUCGCUUUCUGCCGCUGAUGCUCCCGCCGCUGCUCCGCGCGUUCUCGGAUCCCGAGGCGCGCGUGCGCUACUACGCUUGCGAGGCCCUUUACAACGUGCUCAAGGUCGCCCAGACGUCUGCCCUCACCUUCCUUAACGAUAUCUUUGACGGCGUCUGUAAGCUGUACGGGGACGUCGACCUGGACGUGCGCGGAGGCAUACUCUUUGUGGAUCGUCUUUUGAAGGAAAUUUUCGUCUCGGCAGUGAAUUGGCCUGGGAAGGAAGACUUCCUCCUGCUCCUCGUGAAGCGAUGUCGGGUCAAGAGCCCCUUCAUCAAGAUGCUUGUUCUCUCUUGGAUCUCGCUUCUCGACUCCUCCCCAAACACGGACUUGCUUCAGCAUCUCCAGCUGUUUCUCGAGAGCCUCUUCGCCAUGCUGGGCGACAGCCACAGAGACAUUCGCCAUGCAGCGGACGCUUGCAUCGCUAGUCUUCUGGAAGACCUCAAAGCCAACGGGCCAAAAACCGACGUCACAGUCCUGGCCGCAGUAGCGCGAGUCGUCCUGCGGUGUCUGCGCAGUCGGGAUUCCUUCUCGCGUCUGACGGCUCUUGUGUGGCUACAUGCACUUCUCUCGCUGGCGCUUCACGCGUCGUCUGCGCAGCGUAACCCGGCUGCUACGGCGCGCACCCGCGAGAAGCACGACGAGGCAGAAGAGACGAAGGGAGGGCAGGGAGCGGAAGACCGGCAGCGCAGGCAGGGAACCGAGUCGCCUAGCUGCAUGGAGAUCGCCUACAGCCGCGAGGGAGAGGCGCCAGACGCCAGUCAGAGUUCGAAGGAGGAGGAACGAGACAGACGAGGCGAAGAGAGAGACGACAACAGAGACGCUGUCGCAGGGGAGCGAGGAGAGAGCGAAGACGCGGAAGUCCGCCAGCGGCAGAUCUGGCAGGCCGCGCUACAAAGGGAACUCGAGGUUCGGAGGCGCCAACCAGCCUCGCAGGGGUGA